CGGACCAAGCGGCCCGCUGCCUCUCUCCGGUCAGCCCAGCGCUUGGGUCCCUCGCCCUCACCUGCUCUUCGGGGAGGCGUCCGGCCAUGCGGCGGCUGUGGCCACUGGCCGUCUCUCUUGCCGUGCUAUUGGCUGCAGGGCUGAGCAGAGUCUCUGGGGGUGCCGCCCUGCCCGCGGGCCGGCACAGGGCCGAGGCCCAGGAGCAGCAGAGCCGGUCCAAGAGAGGCACCGAGGAUGAGGAGGCCAAGGGGGUGCAGCAGUAUGUGCCCGAGGAGUGGGCCGAGUACCCCCGGCCCAUCCACCCUGCUGGCCUACAGCCCUCCAAGCCCUUGGUGGCCACCAGCCCCAACCCAGACAAGGAUGGGGGCACGGCAGGCCGCGGCCAGGAGCCUCGGGGCAAUCUGACAGGGACGCCGGGCCAGAGGCUGCAGAUUCAGAACCCCCUGUACCCGGUGACUGACAGCUCCUACAGAGCUUAUUGCAUCAUGGUCCUGGCCCUGGUGGUGUUUGCCGUGGGCAUCGUGGGAAACCUGUCGGUCAUGUGCAUCGUGUGGCACAGCUACUACCUGAAGAGUGCCUGGAACUCCAUCCUGGCCAGCUUGGCCCUCUGGGAUUUUCUGGUCCUCUUUUUCUGCCUCCCGGUGGUCAUCUUCAAUGAGCUCACCAAGCAGAGGUUGCUGGGCGACGCCUCUUGCCGGGCCGUGCCCUUCAUGGAGGUCUCCUCACUGGGAGUCACCACCUUCAGCCUCUGUGCCCUGGGCAUCGACCGCUUCCACGUGGCCACCAGCACCCUGCCCAAGGUGAGGCCCAUCGAGCGGUGCCAGUCCAUCCUGGCCAAGCUGGCCGUCAUCUGGGUGGGCUCCGUGAUCCUGGCCAUGCCUGAGCUCCUACUGUGGCAGCUGUCGCAGGAACCUGCCCCCACCACGGGCACCCUGGACUCAUGCAUCAUGAAACCGUCAGCCAGCCUGCCCGAGUCGCUCUACUCGCUGGUGAUGACCUACCAGAACGCCCGCAUGUGGUGGUACUUCGGCUGCUACUUCUGCCUGCCCAUCCUCUUCACUGUCACCUGCCAGCUGGUGACGUGGCGGGUGCGGGGCCCUCCGGGGAGGAAGCCCGAGUGCCGGGCCGACAAGCACGAGCAGUGUGAGAGCCAGCUCAACAGCACAGUGGUGGGCCUGACGGUGGUCUACGCCCUCUGCGCCCUCCCCGAGAACGUCUGCAACAUCGUGGUGGCCUACCUCUCCACGGAGCUGACUCGCCAGACCCUAGACCUCCUGGGCCUCAUCAACCAGUUCUCCGCCUUCUCCAAGGGGGCCAUCACGCCCGUGCUCCUCCUGUGCACCUGCAGGCCGCUGGGCCAGGCCUUCCUGGGCUGCUGCUGCUGCUGCUGGGGGGGGUGUGGCGGCGCCUCAGCCGCCCGUGCCUCGGACGCCAAGCUCAAGGCCGCCGCGCCCUCCUCCAUCUACUUCCACAAGCCCAGGGAGUCGCCCCCGCUCCUGCCCCUGGGCACGCCUUGCUGA